GCUCCAAUUCGUCAUUUUCUUGUUUGUUUGUUUUUUAUUUAUUCGCAUUCUAUUUAUUUUUUGGUUAUUUCAAUGUUCGUCGAAGAGCUUAUUCUCGACGGCUUCAAGUCGUACGCCGCGCGUACGCACAUCACAGGUUGGGACCACGAGUUCAACGCCAUUACCGGGCUGAACGGCUCGGGCAAAUCCAACGUGCUCGAUGCAAUUUGCUUUGUGCUUGGCAUUCGCAAUUACAAGCUGUUGCGCGCAAACAAUCUCCAGGAUCUCAUAUACAAGCGUGGCCAGGCGGGAAUUACCAAGGCCUCGGUCACGGUGGUGUUUAGAAAUGACGACCGGAAGACCAGCCCUUUGGGAUACGAGGACUACAAGCAUAUUUCCUUGACGCGACAGAUUAUGGUCGGCGGCAAAAACAAAUACAUGAUCAACGGACACACAGCGCAGGAGCAAGCAGUGGCCAACAUGCUGCAGUCAGUGCAACUGAGCAUUAACAACCCGCAUUUCUUGAUCAUGCAGGGAAAGAUUACGCAAGUACUGAACAUGCAGCCGCCCGAGAUUCUGGCCAUGAUCGAGGAGGCCGCCGGCACGCGCAUGUUUGAGGAGCGCAAGGACAAGGCGCAGAAGACUAUGGCGAAGAAGGACAAAAAGACCGAGGAGAUAUCGGCCAUCCUGGCUGAGGAAAUCACACCAAAGCUGGACAAGCUGCGCCACGAGAAGCAGGCAUACCUGGAGUACCAAAAGGUCGAGAUUGAGCUUGACCGCCUGCGCCGCCUCACUGUCGCCUACGACUACACCAAGUGCGAAGAGUCAGUCAACAACGGCAGCACGUCGCUGGUCGAAAGCAGGUCGCGUUUGGAGCACAUGACAGAGCAGCUAGAGACACUCAAGGGUGAGAUUGCCAAUAUUGCUAAGAACAAGGUGCAGACGGAGGAGAAGCGCAAGGGCGAGAUGAUAAAGAACGGCGAGUUCAAGUCCCUGCAGGCGCAGGUCGAUCAGCUGUCCAAGGAGCUUGUGAGGAUUAAGACGCAAAGCGACCUGAAAGUGACAUCGAUCAAGGAGGAGCGCGCAACCAAGGCCAAGCUGCUCGAGUCCAAGAGCAAGUACGAGGGCGAGCUGGCCAAGCGCGCUCAGGACUUCCAAAAUCAGGCGGCAAAGUACACCGAAGAGAAGCAGCUCUACGACGAGCACAUCAAGGACGUUGGCCAGCUUGAGGAACUGUUGCAGUCGCUGACCACCGGUGUGGCCACCGACGAGGGCCGCGAGGGAGGUUUUAUGCAACAGCUGCAGGAGGCCAAGAAGGAGGCCAGCGACGCGGCGACAGCCAUCGAGCAGGCGAAGUUGCGCAUGGGCCUGUUGAACGACGAGUCCAAGGAUAUCAACGCCAGCCUGAAGAAGGCGCUCAAUGACAACUCGAACCUGCUGCAGGAGAAAAAGUCCUUCGAGGCGCACAUUUCCAAGGUCAACCAGCGCAUGAAGGGGCACGCUUUCAAGCCAGAGGUCAAGCGCGAGCUGGAGCAGAAGCGCGGCGAGGUGCUCGAGCAGCUCGAGUCGGUCGACGAACACCGGCGCAGCCUGGAGGCGCAGUUGAGCAACUUUGACUUCCAGUACCAGGACCCAGUACGCAACUUUGACCGCGGCAAGGUUAAAGGACUGGUGGCUUCGCUGAUCAACAUUGAUGACAAGAACAAGUUUGCAGCCAUUGCACUCGAGAUCACUGCGGGCGGGCGCAUUUAUAAUGUCAUCGUCGACGAUGACGACACUGGCUCGCUGCUGAUCAAGAACGGCAGGCUCAAGCGGCGCGUCACGAUCAUCCCACUGAACAAGAUUUCCGCGCAGCAGCUUGGCCAAGAUGUCGUGAAUUUUGCCAAAAACCUGGCCCCAGGAAAGGUUGACACGGCACUGUCCCUGGUUGGCUACCCAUCGGAACUGGAGAAGGCCAUGGCGUAUGUGUUUGGAUCGACGUUCGUCUGCAAGGAUCCACAGACCGCAGAGCAGAUGGCGUUCCACAAGAACAUCCGCAAGAAGGCAGUCACGCUUGACGGCGAUGUGUAUGACCCGGCAGGCACGAUGCAGGGCGGCUCCAAGCCGUCGAGCGCCGGCGUCCUCAACCGGCUGCAGGACCUCAAAAACGCGCGCAUGGAUCACGCCGAGCUGCACAAAGAACUUUCGGCCAUCGAGGCCGAGCUGUCGGCUAUCGACGAGCUGCGCGACGAGUUCUCACAGCUCUCGCGCGAGCUCGAUCUGUCCAAACACAAGCUGUCCUUGGUCGAGCAGCAGCUUUCCUACAGCUCAUAUGCGCAGAUGUCGUCGAGGCUGGAGGAAAUUUCGAAGGAGUUGGCAGAGCAAGAAGCUGCGGUCCCCGAGGCGACCACGCGCCACGGCCUGGCUGCAGAGCGCGCGCGCAAGAUUGAAAAAGAGAUGGGCGAGUUCAGCCAGGACAAGGGCGGCAAGAUCAAGCAGCUCAAGAAGCGGCUGGCAGCGCUGAAACAAGCGCUGCCACGCGCCGAGGAGCGUAUGAAGGAGUGCCAGCGUGUGACGCAAGAAGUGACGCUCGAGAAGGAAGAGAUCGAAAGCGAAAUUGGGGACCUUGAGAAGCAGGCCGGAGACAGCGAUGCGGCCAUUGCGGCUCAGGAGGACGAGCGACAGGAGAUCGAGGCCACGCUCGUACGCACCAAAGAGGAGUUGGACGUAAAGCAAGCCGCAGUCAGCCGACUCGGCAAAAAGCUCCUGGUAUAUGAUAAAGAGAUUGCAGAGCUGGACCAGCUGCAUCGCAACAAGCAGACGGACCUUACGACAGUGCAGCUUGAGCGCGAGCAGUUGGCCCACGAGCUUGAGCGGUUUGAGUCGGCCCAAGGCAAGAACAAGCGCACGCUUGAAGCCCUUAUGCGCGAGCACCCGUGGAUUGUCGACCAGAAGCAGUCGUUUGGGCAGCCCGACACGCCGUACGACUUUGUCAAGAACAACCCUGUGCAGGCUAAGAACCAACUGCGCCAUCUCGAGGACCAGUUCGCGUCGAUGCGCAAGACGACAAACACCGCGGUUAUGACAAACAUCGAGAAUGUUACCAAGCGCGAGGCCGUCCUCAAGCAGAUGCUCAAGACCGUCAUUCGCGACAAGCGCAAGAUUGAGGAGACUAUUUCGUCCCUGGACAAGUACAAGGUCGAGACGCUCGAGCGGACGUGGAAACUCGUCGACAAGGACUUUGGCGCCAUUUUUGGCGAGCUGCUGCCCGGUAACACAUCCAGGCUCGAAAAGCUUGAAGGUCAGCCGUUGUCGGCCGGUCUGGCCAUCCGUGUCAACUUGGGUGGCGUGUGGAAACAUAGCCUGACAGAACUCAGCGGUGGUCAGCGCUCGCUGAUUGCGCUAUCACUUAUCAUGUCACUGCUCCAAUUCAAACCGGCGCCCAUGUAUAUUCUUGACGAGAUCGACGCGGCCCUCGACCCGUCGCACACACAGAACAUCGGCCAGCUGUUCCGCACGCGCUUCAAGGGCUCGCAGUUCAUCGUUGUGUCACUCAAGGAGGGCAUGUUCAACAAUGCCAAUGUGGUCUUCCGCACGCGCUUCCGCAACGGAAUAUCAAUGGUCGACCGCAUUUCACACAAUUAAAAUUUUUUACAUAUCAAAAUAUUUGUUAUCU